AUGGUGAAAACUACCUAUGUAAUUCGAGAUGCAGAGUUGGAAGUAGAAAAGGCAAGUAGAGACAACUGGAAAGCUAAAUUUGAAAAUGCUGAAAUAAAACCAGUUGACCUUCCUGAUAAUUGGAGAACUGAGUUGGCUCGUAUCACUGAUUUGGAAAAAAGACCCGACAUCCCUAUUUCUAAAAAAUUAAACAAUGAAAUAACUAAACUUCAAGGAGAAAAACAACAAAUCAUCAAAGAACGAGAUAAUCUCAAACUCCAACUCACCCAAAAAGAAAAUCAACUAGAACAAACCAUUAAGGAUUUCCAAAAAAAAGAAAAAACCAAGCACCAAGAAUACUUAAAUAUCCUUACUAAAAAAGACCAAGAUUGA